AGGAACCGAUGGGGAUGGCGGCCGCGGCUGGGUGAGGGACCGCAGAGGCCCAGAACCCCGGCGGGAGGACCCGACGGGCCUGCGUGCCAGUGGGAGCGCGGCCAGAGCUUCUCCUACUCCAGAGAGGAAACCUCAUCAUCAAGAGCCAUGAUACCACUUCCCCAUCAUCUGUGUGCCGCUGGCUUAAGCUAAUGCUGGGAGAGCACUGGUCCCUGGUGGAAGAAAUCAAGCUGCCUCUUGGCAUGAGGCCCCUGGCUUGCAGGAGUUGAGCAGGACGCUGCUAUGGCUUCUCUGGAUGACCCUGGGGAAGUCAGAGAGGGCUUCCUUUGCCCUUUGUGCCUGAAGGACCUGCAGUCCUUCUGUCAGCUUCAGUCACAUUACGAGGAAGAGCACUCUGGGGAAGACCGUGAUGUCAAAGGGCAAAUUAAAAGUCUUGUCCAGAAGGCUAAGAAAGCCAAGAACAGGCUGUUGAAACGAGAAGGAGAUGACCGAGCAGAAUCAGGGACACAAGGCUAUGAGUCUUUUAGCUAUGGAGGGGUUGACCCUUAUAUGUGGGAACCCCAGGAACUUGGUGCUGUGAGAAGCCAUCUUUCUGACUUCAAAAAACACCGAGCUGCCAGAAUUGACCACUACGUGGUUGAAGUCAAUAAAUUAAUAAUCAGGUUAGAGAAGCUCACUGCAUUCGACCGGACGAAUACCGAGUCUGCUAAGAUACGAGCUAUAGAAAAGUCGGUGGUGCCUUGGGUCAACGACCAGGAUGUUCCUUUCUGUCCAGACUGUGGGAAUAAAUUCAGCAUCCGUAACCGCCGCCACCACUGCCGGCUCUGCGGGUCUAUUAUGUGCAAGAAGUGUAUGGAGCUCAUCAGCCUCCCUUUUGCAAACAAGCUCACCAGUGCCAGCAAGGACUCCUUGAGCACCCACACCAGCCCCAGCCAGUCACCCAACAGUGUCCAUGGCUCCCGCCGGGGCAGUAUCAGCAGCAUGAGCAGUGUAAGCUCUGUCCUGGAUGAAAAGGAUGACGACCGGAUCCGCUGCUGUACACACUGCAAGGACACGCUGCUCAAGAGAGAGCAGCAGAUUGACGAGAAGGAGCACACCCCCGACGUUGUAAAGCUCUAUGAGAAAUUACGACUAUGCAUGGAGAAAGUUGACCAAAAAGCUCCCGAAUACGUCAGGAUGGCAGCAUCAUUAAAUGCUGGGGAGACCACCUACAGUCUGGAACAUGCCGGUGACCUUCGAAUAGAAGUGCAGAAAGUGUAUGAGCUCAUAGAUGCUUUAAGUAAGAAGAUCUUAACCUUAGGCUUGAACCAGGACCCUCCGCCACAUCCAAACACUUUGCGGCUGCAGAGGAUGAUCAGAUACUCAGCGACGCUUUUCGUGCAGGAAAAGUUGCUUGGUUUGAUGUCAUUGCCAACCAGAGAACAGUUUGAGGAACUGAAAAAGAAAAGGAAGCAGGAAAUGGAGAGGAAGAGGAUCCUGGAGAGACAGGCUGCCCUGGAGUCCCAGCGCAGCCUUAAGGAACGGCGGAAUGACCUGGCAUCUCGUGCGGCCAAUGGAGAGGUGGUGUCCCUUCGAGGGGGGCCUGCCCCCCUGAGAAAGGCUGAGGGCUGGCUCCCGCUGUCCGGAGGUCCAGGGCAGAGUGAAGACUCGGACCCGCUCCUCCAGCAGAUCCACAACAUCACUUCAUUCAUCAGGCAGGCCAGGGCCGCCGGGCGGGCGGACGAGGUGCGCACGCUGCAGGAGAACCUGCGGCAGCUGCAGGAUGAGUAUGACCAGCAGCAGACAGAGAAGGCCAUCGAGCUGUCCCGGAGGCAGGCCGAGGAGGAGGACCUGCAGCGCGAACAGCUGCAGAUGCUGCGGGAGCGGGAGUGGGAGCGGGAGAGGGAGCAGUUCCAGGCCGCAUCCCUGCACACGCGGACUCGGUCCCUGGACUUCCGAGAAAUCAGACCUUUUCAGCUGGAGCCUGGCAGGGAGCCUCGCACCCACCUCGCUUAUGCUUUGGAUCUAGGCUCCUCCCCGACUCAGAGCAGUGCAGCUCCGGAGACUCUGUCGCCCAUCUCAGCUCCUGAGCCGGUCAGAGUGUGGUCAGGGCCCCCAGCCCUUGGCCAGGAACCCCUCCCCCAGAGCACCGUGCCACAGCAAAGCGAGCUGGCUUCUCUGAACCCCUUUGAGGAGGAAGACCCCUCCAGCCCUGCAGCAGAUGGCACUACCAGCCCUCCGGCUGCAGAGCCUGCCUCUGGUCCUUCAGCCUGUGUCCUCAAAGAAUACAAUCCUUUUGAGGAAGAAGAGGAGGAGGCCAUAGCAGGAAAUCCCUUCACUACCCCAGACAGUCCAGCGCCCAACCCCUUCGACGAGGAAGACGAGCAUCCCUACCCGAGGCCCUCAAGCCCUCUGGUUCCUGGCAACCCGUUUGAGGAAGCCACAUGUACCAACCCCUUUGAGAUGGACAGUGACAGUGGGCCAGAGGGCGAGGAGCCCAUAGAGGAGGAGCUCCUUCUCCAGCAGAUUGAUAAUAUCAAGGCGUACAUUUUUGAUGCCAAGCAGUGUGGCCGCCUGGAUGAGGAAGUUAAAGUUCCAGUCCCAGGUAUAACUGGGUCUGACCACGGGAUGUUUAGAAGAUGGGAGCCGGUAACUUUUUGGUUGAUGGAGGCAGUAGUCUUUGGGAGAAGAGUCUGUACCCAAGUGUUACUCUGUUGGCACUGAAUGAUUGAUGGUAUAAUUGUCCCUGGAGAAACCUCCCUGUAGAGCUCUGGUGACAUUAUUCUGGCCUGGCCUUUUUCAGAGGGCCCAGUCUGUAGUUUAGGAUUGUAACCAGGAAGCUUUUAUGGAACAUUGCCAGGACAGUGGAAGCUUCCUUGAGUCAGAAGAUAAAAUAAUUUUUAGGGCAAGCUGAUCAGCCUUCUACUUUUUGGGUCAUCCUGUCCUGAUCUGGGUACCAGGGAUUAGUAUUAAGUAGAAAUGUUUGAAGAGGCACAAGCCAGAAUCAUUCUGGUGGCACCACAAUACUUGAAUUCUUCAUCAAGUAAGGGCAAAAAGGGAAAUUGUGAAUUUAGCUCUGGUGCUUUGGUUUACAGGAAUGUAAUCCUUACCUGACGUCUGACAUCAUGAUACCCAAGUGUGCUCAGCUCUAGGUAGAGUUCCUGCAAUUAGGCUUGUUGAUUAAUGAACAAUAACUGACCACUAGUCACUUUAUAUCCCUUAACUAACUCUGGGUCAUACUCUCACUGGUUCCUGGUGUGAGAGUUGAGAUUCAUUUUGUUAACCCUCCAGGAAGACCCCUGUUGGCCUUGAGAAUGUUUGAAAAACAUUGUGGUGUAAAGAUGAUCUGUAUUUGUGUUGACACUAGUCACAUUUCUUUAGCAUCUGUUGGAUUUUUGGGCUGAAUGAAAAGACCCUGUAUAGGGGCGUGGGAAUGGGAAGUGGGUGGAGGUGUGUGGAGGAUGCUUUGCUUUGGGGUUCUGUUUGCAAACAAAGGAAUAUGAGUGGAUUGCUAAUGUCGGCCAGUUACCAGCCUUGCUGAUUGUUGUGGGGGUUGGGAAGUUGGCCACCAAGCAUCUAAAAUGUUGCCUGGUACAGACAGCUUUCUUCCACAUCAUGCCCUUCCUGCUCUUAUUAUGGAGGGUUUCACAGAUGGUUGGCAUGCUCCCUGUUACUCAGUCUGUCAUUGCUCUCUGAUUGAAGAGGAGGACACUCUCUGCACCAAAAAAGCAUGUAGUUCCAGAAGCUAAAUGCUGCUUUCCAUCAUAAUUACUUUUCUUAUGAAAAUAUCUCUCUUAAUUAGCUGGUGAUUUCAAAUCAGACUAGUUUACUGAACAUACCCUUUUCCUGAAGUCAACCCAGGUAGCAAUCUCUAACUAAAAGCAUUAAGAACAACACAUAUAAGAAGUUAAACUUAAAAACAAAACAAACAAAACACUGAAUAUACUAAACCAAACUAAAACCUUUUGAUGUGAUUGAAUUCUUCCAUGGAUGCAUUCUUCCAUUUAACUCUUCCAUGGCUAUAGUCUAUAUAAUCAUAGACCUGACAGGAAUUAGAAUAUUCUAUCCCUAACAUUUCCCAGAAUUCACACAGGCAUAAAGUUGGAUUUAUAGAGAUGAGUUAUCAGGGUAAAGAUGGGCCUAUGGAUUGCAACCACAGCUUCAGGUUCUUACCUCAUGUGAAUAUUUUAUUCUUCCCACAGUCCUUCCAGGCAAAACACUCCAUCUCAUGAGAAGAUAAGCAAGUUUUUUUUUAAAUUAUUCUUUUUAGUAAUCUCUACACCCAUCUCUACACCCAUCGGGCUUGAACUCACAACCCUGAGAUCAAGAGUCCCAAGCUCCUCCGACUGGACCAGCCAGGUGCCCCAAAAGUGAGCAAGUUCUUGAUGCGGUAUUGGCAGAUCUCCUUAGACAAAGAUCACGUGUGGAAGAGACUUUGGAGAUUCAGGCAUCAAAUGAAGUUGGCCUUUGUUUUUUACACCUUGUUUGUAUUUUUCCAUGUCUAAUACACUAAGGACACUUACUAUUGUACUUGCAGCUCAAUGUGACUUUGCUGUUCGGAUACUCAAGUGUACUUCUGCGUCAUCACAAGCCAGGUGAUAGGUUGGACACUGGCAUGAUUAGAUGAUGGUACUCAAAGAGAGAAGCUGGUCUCUUGACCAGGUCACAGAAUGUGGUAGCAGAUUGUCCUGGUUAUUUGGCAGUGACAGCUUGAGGUCAUUGGUUUGCAUGCACUACUCUAGGGGCUUGUAUUGGAACCUUUUUUAAAAAAAUAAAAUAACAGAUGUUA